GUCCACCAGGGAUUCGGCUCAAUUGGAGUGCCCCCAGUGGUGGAUGCCACUGAUCUGAUGCUAUUCUGUCGCUACGACUCAGAACACGACAAAUGCCUACGAGAGUGCGGCUUCACCGUGCAAUUCAAUAUGCGCGAUUUCGUUUGCAAACAACACUAUGCCGAGAUGGAAUCCCUUCUGUCAUGCUACACGAAAGCCACCCCGGCGCUACAACGGCAAUGUGGUGCGCAACGUUGUGGUCCUUACGAUGGUUUAACUCAAACGGAUAAAUCGCUCAUUGGUUCGUUACGCCCACAAAUGUCGCGUUUUGGCGUGCGACAUAAUGUGCACCCGGGAGGUGCUGCUAGAGAGCUGCAACAGCAGACUCGACGCCGAACGCGCGCUCAAAUACCUUCUCAACUACACUCGAGAACAGGUCACUUUUUGGCUAAAACAACUCCAACAGGGAGAAGGUCAAGCUCAGCGAACACGCUCACUAGACUCUGGAGAUCACGGCAGUCUUACUAA